AAAUUCACAAAAAAAAAAAAAUCAAAGCACAAGCAAAACAAUUUCGGGGCGAAAAAGAAAAAUAUAUACAAAUAUACACAUUUCGAUUCCGAUUCUAGUGGCAAAAAUUCGUAUGUACUCGUCGCUGCUCCUCAAAAACAUACAUACAUACAAACGCGACCCCCUUUUCCCGCCCACCCAUUCGCCCAAAAAUCCUCAUAGAAAAUAUUAACGUGUGUGUGGUGUUUGAGUGAAAAUCUGAACGGAAGCGCUGGUUAAACAACAAGAAAAUAAAACAAAAUAUAUAUAUAAUAUACAUAGAUAGCCAGGCUAAAGGCAAUGGUCAACAAAAGAACCCAAGCAGCUGAUUUGUGAUAAGUGCAACGACCAAAAAUCGCUGGCGCUUCGAGUUACAAACAAGUGCAAUUAGCUGCUGAUGCCUACAUGUUGCAGCUGUUGCAGCAACAUCAGCACAAGUGGAGAAAAUCACGCAUACGCCCCAUCCGCCCAACGGGCCAAACAAUGCGCUCCACUUAGCCAAGUUGCGUGUCAAUGUGGUGGUACUCCAGCCCACCCCCCUCUCGCACACACGCACAGACGCACGCACACAACGGCACCUACAUACAUAUGUACAUAUACAAUGGCAGUGUAAUGACUAGCACAAGAAAUAAAUAAAGGCCAGAACAACAACUACGGUGGCAGCUCCAGCUGCUCAUAAAUUUCGUAACGCUUGUGAAAUGUGCCCCUUGGUGCACGGGGCCAUUGAAUCGCUAGAUUUUCGCCCGUAAAUCCGGAGCGGAAUAUGUAAAUGCCAACCGCGCACCAUCAACUCUCUAAAGAAACGCUAGACCCCCUAGAAAAAAAAAAACAGAAACCAAACCCACGCGAAGGUUGAAGUCAGGACUCUACGAUAAGGAUAACUACUACUCGAAAAGGUUAUCGGAAAAAUCUUGAAGAAUUUCUGGAAUUUUUCGGCUUGUAAAAUCGCCCAAGGAAAAGCUAAGGAGAAGGAAAAAAACAUAAAACAAAACGAAAACUAUAACUAAAAUCAAGAGCAGCAGCUGUGGGCAGAGCGAGAAAGAGAGAGAGAGGACAGAGCGCCGCAGAGAGAGUGUGGGAAAUUUCGAUAAAAAAUUAUUAGCAAAAACAUAAAUACGUAACGGUCUCCCUGCGUCCCCCACAUCCCCAAGGAAGCCGAGAAAGAGAAGCCGAAGCAAAGAAAAGAGCACCACAGCGAGCGGGUGAGUGGGUAGGUCAGUGGCAGUGGGCGGUCCGCCAGCUGGGGCAGCACCACCUCACCACCCAACACCCAACAACACCUCUCCAUCUCCACCUCCACCAUCUCCAUCAGCUCCGCCAGCGUCAACCUCAACUUUCAAAGGGCAGGUAGCGGCAUGUCCUGCACCGUUUCGGAGCUGCCCAGUGGCUGUCGAUUGCGCGGCAUGACUGCAUCCUCACAGCAAAGUGCCGCCAACAAUAGUGGCAACAAUGGUAACGGCAAUGGGAACGGUGGCGGCGGGGGCGUCGUCGGAGGUGGCGGCAGCCUGGGCGGCGUAUCGCCCACCGUGGGCGGCAGCGUGGGAAUCCUCGGCUCCACGUCCAACGUGCUGCAGGAGUCGAACGCGACCACGUUGCAGCGUCCGCAGUCGCAGAAGCCGUGCUGCUUCUGCUGGUGCUGCUGCUGCUCCUGCUCCUGGGCCAAAUGUCUGGCCAUCAAGAAUGCCGAUGAAAAUGCCCCCACGAAGCGAGAUCUGGUAAAUGCCGAAUUCUUGGAUGGCGAGCAACCCACACUGGAGGAAAUCCGCAGCUGGGGCAAAAGCUUUGACAAGCUGAUGAAAAGUACAGCUGGUCGAAAGGUGUUCCAGAACUUCCUGCGCAGCGAAUUCAGUGAGGAGAACAUCCUGUUCUGGCUGGCCUGCGAGGACCUCAAGAAGGAGAACAGCCCCGAGUUGGUGGAGGAGAAGGCGCGCCUCAUCUACGAGGACUACAUCUCGAUCCUGUCGCCCAGGGAGGUGUCGCUGGACUCCAGGGUCCGCGAGAUCGUCAACCGGAACAUGAUCGAGCCCACGACGCACACCUUCGACGAAGCUCAAAUCCAGAUCUACACACUGAUGCACAGAGACUCAUAUCCGAGAUUCCUAAACUCUCAAAAGUUCAAGACACUAGCUCAACUGCAAGACAACUCGAAUGCCGGUUCCAAGGCGGAUAGUCCCACUUAGAGUGGAUGUUGGCUUGUUGUCCCGGAUCGGAUUUGGAUUUGGAUCGAAUUCAGUUGCGCUGUGUUGACUUCCGCUGUUGCUCUCCACUGGUAUAUCUCUGAUUUUCCGCCCCAAUCGCUGCUGCAAUCGACUAAGCAAUAUGUAUCCAUUAGUAGAACAAUUUAACCAUUUUGCGAGCAGCCCCGAAAUCAGGAUCCUGGUUGGGGCAGGUGAAUCAGACGUCGUGCGUUCAAUGUGAAUCCGGAUUCCUUUCUCUUCCUACGUUCUAGUCGUUAGCCAACCAAAGAGUUAGGCAUUACACAAUAUGUUUUCACUAAGAAGCAGGUUCGACCACAGAAAGCAUUUUCCAAAACACCCAAAAAAAAAAAACAACAAAAAAA